AUGCGUUGAUUGCAACACAUUCAUUCGUUUUUGUACCUGUUAGCUCGACAUACCUGUGGUGUUUUCUUUUGCGUCCAACAAUAUGCUGCUUGGCUUUACUCUCCUUUUACUUCUGUGUGAGAGCACAGCAGUUGAAAACCAGACAAGGCCGAUUAACAGCACUGCUAUGCCAGAAACUACAGCGGCUCAUGAAGACCUCUCUUUCCUGCAGGUGGUGGCUGUACCAGACUACCCAGUCGCAGCAGGUCAGAGCGUUAGUCUGAGCUGCAGCACUGGUAACAUGUCGGCGCACGUCACUUGGUUUUGGCAACACCUGCAACAUCAGACCUGGAAAGUAGUGGGCAAUGGCAGCGACCUGAUGCUCACCGAGCCACAGCAGAGUGGACAGUACCGCUGCCUUGCUGAGAACCAGUUAUCUCAGAGGAUAUGGAGCCCAAACCACACAGUCUAUAUCAUCUCCAUCCAAGCAACAGUGGGAGAGUAUUUAGGAAUGGCUGGCUUCGUCCUUUCUCUUCUGUCCUGGGUUUUCAUCAUUGCAAUUAUUUUCUGGCUCUCCUACGAAAGACUUGGUGGCACAACAUCCACCUCCAACACCCCGGUUAAAGGUUUGCCUGGACCCCAAAUGGCAUCAAAGGGAGGAUUGCCACAGGGUGACAGUGACGGAGAUGUGUACAUAAAUUACACAGGCAGUAACCCAGCGUACACAGAUCUGGAUCCCACCAAUAUGACUCAGGAUAAUGUGUACUCAAGUAUAUGAUGAAUCAUGAGCAGAGAGAAGGUGGAGAUGUGCAAUAAAAAGUGGAAGAAUGACAAAUGACUCAAGCUGAGUCUUAUCCGCAUGUAGAGCUCUGCAUUACAUUGAAUCUGAUAGAUGAAGUUUGCCACCAGUGUGUGAAUUGCCUUUGUUAGAUUUAAUCUAUUUUCACAAAAGUCAUGUAUCGCAAUCUGAACGUACUAA